AUGGACAGUCGCUACCCCUUGCCCCAAAGCCAGGCAAGUCCCGACGGUCAAUAUCGGGACGCCUCGUCGCCCGAGGUACCGCGUCAGACUACCAUGAAAGCCCUCGCCUCAGUCGCACGCAAUCGCAAGCCUGCAUCUCUAUCCCUACCCUCUAUGCUGUCUGCCCACGGUGCCGUUCCCGAUGACAACAGCCCCUCCAGGCCAUCCUCAUCGCAACAACUUGCCGACACCCUGAAUGACAUCGCCAACCAAUCUGCAACCCCCAUAACCGCCCUCCCAACACUACAGUCGCCUUGCUUUUACCAUAAUCGAUUCGACGACGCAGUUGACAUCGACAAGUUCCUUGAGCAUAUCGAGAACGACGCUACUAUGUCACACUCACGUCUUGUCCAGACAGCCACUGGCGUCCGCGAAGUAUCAAAGCAGCUUCAGCGUCGCCCCAUCAAGAGAGCCGUGCGCAAUGUCAUGAUCGUCACCAAGGCACGAGACAACCAGCUGGUCUACCUGACCCGGGAGCUGACACUGUGGCUGCUGGGUAGCCCUCGGUAUGGUUCCAAUCUUGGUGUGAACGUCUACGUGGACGCCAAACUCCGGGCCUCCAAGCGUUUCGACGCCCAUGGUAUACUCAGCGAGAACCCACGCUUCCAACAUAUGCUCAAGUACUGGAUACCAGAUUUGUGCUGGAGCCAACCAGAGAAAUUCGACUUGGUGGUGACACUCGGCGGCGAUGGCACUGUACUGUUCACCUCGUGGCUUUUCCAGCGCAUUGUUCCCCCUGUACUCUCCUUCAGCCUUGGUAGCCUGGGCUUCCUCACCGGCUUCGAGUUCGAAAAGUUUAAAGAUCACCUGGAUCGCAUCAUGGGAGACGAGGGCAUGCGUGUCAACCUCCGCAUGCGUUUCACCUGCACCGUUUAUCGUCACGGCGAUCUCGGCCAGCAAGCCGCCGAAGGCGAACAGUUUGAGGUGCUGAACGAGCUGGUCAUCGACCGCGGUCCCUCCCCCUAUGUCUCGAACCUGGAGCUCUACGGCGAUGACGAGCUCCUCACUGUCGUUCAGGCCGACGGGUGCAUCUUUUCGACGCCUACCGGCUCCACUGCUUACUCCCUCUCCGCUGGAGGAUCUCUUGUCCACCCCGACAUUCCCGCCAUCCUCCUGACCCCUAUAUGCCCGCAUACGCUCUCCUUUCGACCCAUGGUUCUGUCUGAUACAAUGCUCCUCCGCGUCGCCAUCCCCCGUAACUCUCGGGCUACCGCUUACUGCGCAUUCGAUGGGAAGGGGCGCCUGGAGCUUAGCCAAGGCGAUUAUGUGACGAUAACGGCGUCACAGUACCCUUUCCCCACGGUCGUGCGCACCCAAGCGGAAUGGUUUGACAGCGUCUCCCGCACCCUUCGUUGGAACACCCGAGCCGCAACGCAGAAAGCUUUUGACGCCUCCACUGCUCAAGGUGAAGCCGAGAAAGACGACGAGUCGGAAUGGGACAUUGAUACGGACUCCGCCUGUUAUGCAAGUGAGGAAGGAAGCAUGGCUGCCAGUCCAUUAAGAAGACAGCUGAGCCUGUUAGGUAUGUGA